AUGGGGGCAUUGGACACCACUCCAGGCACAUACAAGCUGGCCUGCUUGGCUACAGGUUUCUAUUCGAGGGCUGUCAAUCUGAGCCUGCUGAGGAGUGGGCAGCCGGUGGAGCCGAGGGGGGGCCCCCAGGGCGUGACGGUCCUGCCCAACGGAGACGGCACACACCAGGCCAGGCUGACCACACAGGUGAGUCGGGCUGACCUGCAGGACUACGGAUGCCAGCUGGCACACCUGGCGGGACUGGAGAGACCCCUGGUCAUCACAGGUGUGGAGGUGGACGAGGAGCCCGGCUCACCUGCCCUAGUGGCGGCGGCGGCGGUGCCCCUGGUGCUGCUCCUGGUGGUGGGGGGGUGUGUGUUCAUGACUGUCAGGAGAGGCCUGGUGGACUGCUCAUGGCUGGGAAUAACCAAACACCCCUAG